AGGCUCUAAACUCAUGAUCUGUUCUUGGACGCUUGGGGUUGUGAGCAAAAACCGUUGAACAGCAUGAUGCUGAUGGGGAUAUUUUCAAAGUUCCUUUUACCAUGGACGUCCAUGCUGUUAUUGACAAUUAUAAGUCAUAAUUAUAAUAUACUCAUAUGCCAUGGAGUGACGCUAAAAGGUCACAGUGCAACACAACCAGAAAAUCAUAAAGAUGGCUCUGUGAGAUUAAUGGGGCUCAGAGAAAGCAAUGACAGAGAAAGAUUGGACAUUUUAGAAAUAGCAGUGAAUCGACUUGUCAACAAGCUAUCUCAUCUUCAGAAACAGAAUGAAGAGCUGAUUGGUCGAGUGAGUUAUCUAGAGACAUGUGACUGUCAAAGAUCGUGCUUUGACAAUGGGACAUGGUACAGAUCGAAACAAAUAUGGCGGCCUCAGAAAUGUACCAUUUGUGAAUGUAAGGGUGGAGGUGCAAUUUGCAGACAGGACAAGGAAUCACAGGAAUGCAUAGGAAAGUGUCGAAAAUCUCCAUGUAAAAACGAGGGGGUAUGUGUGGCAGAUGGAACAGCCAGAGGGUACAGUUGCUUAUGUCCCCAUGGCUAUUCUGGCCCAGAUUGUUCCGUGAAGAUCAACCCUUGCUCGUAUCCGCCUAAGGUUGGUUCUUGCAAUGAAAAUGUGACGAAAUAUUUCUACAGCGAACGCUACCAAAAUUGUAGGAGCUACCAAUACUCGGGUUGUGGUGGAUCGGUGAAUAAUUUUCACACUUGGAUUGAUUGUCAUGAUGUAUGUGAAGUUGGAGCGUGUUACCAUAGAAACUACAACACAAGAAAAAUAGCAGGCAUAGAGUUAACGAUCCUACAGCCACUAAUAAAAUGUCAAAAGUUGAAUAUACCUACAUGUCAAAACCUUGGACAGGUCCCACAAUCGGACAUAGAGCAUGAAGUGAUUUCGUUCCAUGCUGGUCAAUCAUGCCGAGCUGACAUUUACGAAUCUCCUAUGGCUUGCCAACUGGGCCAAACGAUGUAUAAGUAUGGAGAGAAGUUUAAAAGUGGUUGUGAAGGUUGUCAGUGUUUGCCAAGAGGUCACAUCAAAUGCAGAUGUACAAAAUUAGCUGUUCGCAAAGAAAUCAGAAAUAUGUCAUUACCAGAAUUAAAGCGUUUCAAAAAUACCUUGACCACGAUGAAUAAUUCAAGCCUACACACAUUCAUGGGGGACAUGGCAAAUAUAUACUCAACACACGUCAUGCAAGCCCAGUCAACCCCCUUCUUUCUACCAUGGCACAGGCUUUACUUGCGUUACAUUGAGCGUAAAUUACAAGAAAUCAAUUGUGACGUAACAAUACCAUAUUUGGACUUCAUAAGUGAUAGUCGUAAUCUUACUGGUAUUACUUUGAAAUAUUUUGAAUUCUUCGAAGAAAGUGAUGCAAACAAUGAUGACUAUGCAACAAUGGUAAAUAAUGAGAGGAAACGUGGUGGAGAGGAUGCCGUAAAACAAUCUAGGAACAAGGUCAUAAAAAAUUCAGAAUAUAAUCUUAUGAAGAACUCAGUCCCAUCCUUGAUUGACGUUUUACUGAUUUUACAAGAAAGAGAUUAUUUAAAGAUGAGCAAAGGCCUACAAACCAUAUCAACUUACUUUCAUUGGUUUUAUUUCAAACAUUUUGGAACAAAGUUAAACCCAACCGACCCCAUUUUUCUUUUUGUUCAUGCUUAUAUUGAUAACCUCUACUGGACGUGGCAAACUGGACCAUCGUUUGUUAACAACGAGCAUAACUACCCAUCAACGUAUAUAGAGGUUCCCAUGAUGCCCUUCAAAACUAAACCCUAUUAUGUACUGAAAUCGGAAGCGCAAUUAUGUGUCACUUAUGCUCGGGGACGAACUAAUUCUCAACAAGGGGGAAAUGUAACAUCCAAACAAAAAAUGGAAUUACAUAAUACAUUAUGGCGUAUCCUGAUUCAGCAAAAGAGAACAUUUUUGAAUACUCUUAAACGAAGUUGUCAUACCUUGCAACCAAUUCCUGAAUUUAUCACCAACCAACUUUGGUUGAUGGAAGCCCCUUGCCUAAAAGGAUCUCCCAACAAUAAAAACACCCAAAAGACCGAGAUACCAGGGUCUUUCAGGGAAUCUUAUUGUUUUGACGUGUCAAUAUUUACCCUGGCUAUGAUGUGUAAUGACUCUUAUGCCAAAUGUAACAUGAACCCAUGUAUAGAUGUCACUUGUGUGGCUUAUCCCAAAGCUGUAUGCACGAUUGAUUUCUGUGACAAGUGUCAGGCCAAGUGGGUGUACGUUGGCAAAGUUAUAGAUUGUACACCAAAGAAAGACUACUGUAAUCCCAGUCCAUGCGUUAACUCGGGAACAUGCAUGGCUUCUAAUUGGCCAGAUAGACCUGAUUUAGUGACGUGUAAGUGUCACGUGGGCUACCAGGGACGGUUCUGUCAGUUUGAGGCACGGCAUCGGUGUACUUUACCCCUUGACAAAGGAGAGCCUUGUAAUUCCACCAUGCUUCUCCGUUGGUAUCACAAUUCAGAAACCAACAAGUGUGAGAAAUUUUCCUACAAUGGCUGCUAUGGCAACAGCAACAAUUUCCCUAGUUUUAAUGCCUGUCGUGCAAGGUGCUUCAUUGGAGCAUGUUGCUAUAGAAACGCAAAGAGACAGGAUGUGACGUAUGGAUAUGACCCAGAAGGAUAUGACAGGUAUGGUUUUGACAUUGAAGGCAAUGGGAAAGAAUCUGA